GGGACUACGACGACGGUUCAAUGAGAGCGGAACUAAAUGCCUAUCGGUAGAAUAAGCGGAAGCGAUGUCGUCGGAUAGGAUACACCGAGCCGCCAAAGAUGGACUGCUGGACGUGUUGCGGGAAGCGACCCGUUCGGAGGCCAACGCCAAAGAUGUGGACGGUAUGACACCGGUGCUGUGGGCCGCUUUCGAGGGCCAUUUCGAUGCUUUAAAACUCCUAGUCGCGCGCGGUGGUGAUCCGGACAAGGCGGACCAGUUUGGCAAUACGGCGCUACACCUAGCGGCUGCAAAGGGUCACCUGCAGUGCGUCGACUUUCUGGUGCAGUUUGGCGUAAACAUCUACGCACUCGACAUUGACCAUCACAGUGCGCAGGAUCUGGCGGCCAUCAACAACCGGGACAACAUUUUACGCUAUCUGGACGGUGCCGCGGCCACACUAGAAGCUACCGACAGGAAAAAGGCUCACGAGUUCAAAGAGCAAGCCAAAAAGAAGUCGGAAAAACGGGCCCGCGAGUUCGCGAGCCGCCAGCAGAAGCACGACCGGGAGCAUGACGCAGGUGUCCGUGUGCGGCCGCAUCGGCCCUCGAACAUGCUGCAAGCCCUCAAACACAAGUUGUGGGCCGGAAGUCAGGGCAACCUGCUGCAGAGCCAACGGUUAACGGACCCGGUCCCACCGGCUUCUACCAAAUUCAGUGCCCUCGUCGGAGGUACCGUCACGCGCGGUGGCGGUGGAGCUGUGAAGAAGCGAACCGAUGCCCUGAAAGUGCGCCAGCAGAUGGAAAACGGAGAUUUCAAAAUUGGUGAAAUGGAAGCGAACGGCAAACGGAGCGUUCGUUCGAUACAGGGCCUGCGGCGGGACUCGGAAGUGCUGUACGUCGGAACGUACAGCUCCAAUGACGAUUCGAACGCUUCCGAGCGGCGCGGAAAACUGAAGGACGUGUUCGACGUUUCGGACUCUAACGGUGGCGGUGGUGAAGAUGACGACGCGGAUGAGGACAGUGGCAGUGGGACGAGCGGAAAGUACGGUACCAUCUCCCGGUCUCUCAGUCAGCCCGACUUUCUGGCCAACGUUACCGACGAGGUGACGGAGGAUGUGCUACUGCAGCGCCCCUCGGGAUUGUUUAGCCGUCCUUCGUUUGGCAAUCUGGCCUUUCCACGCUCGGUAUCGAACGUUUUGGCCCAGCUGGGUAACGAAAAUUCAUCCAGUGCCUCGUCGGACGGUUCGCUAAAGGCUAAGCCAACGACGAAGGGCGCGAUCAAGCCCCGCUCGCAGCUUGUGAUCUCCGACUCAGAGUCGGACGUGGAAAGCUCGGACAACGAGGAGUCCGAUUCGCUCGCGAUACUACGAUUCCUGGCGGCUUUUAAGCUGGAAGACUAUUAUCCAGUGUUCCAGAAAAACGAAAUCGACAUGGAAACCCUCAUGAUGCUCACCGAAAAUGACAUCAAAUCGUUGGGCCUUCCCCUUGGUCCAUACCGGCGGCUGUGCAACGCAAUACAGGAACGAAAGGAGGCCCUCGCGCAGCCCGGCACCAUUACCGACAGUCGGCUUUAAGUCUACGCGGCCCGAGUAACGUUCUGUAACAUAGCGCCUGUGGCGUGAAGGGGGGUCCUCUGGGGAUUCGCAUUUAAUUUGCCUGUACAGUGUGCCUAGUGCGUUAGGUUUCUCUAGUUAGUUACGCUUCUUUUAUUCGCGUACUGUUCAGCACGCGUGCUGUGCUGAAGUAAAUUAUUACGAAUUUUAUCGAACUACUUGCUA